GAAGUAGUCGCAGGCGUCUGACUCACUAUCCUCUCUAGUCGUCUACAGUCACGUUGCACAUCUUGUCUAGACUCCCGUCUUUUGCCGCAUUACGUACCCGUCCCGUGUUCGUCUGCAACAUCGGAUCAGAUAUUUGACGUUUCGACGGUCGGAAAAGUCUGCUGCGUAUAGAUUGUCCCAACGUGUCAACAGUUAAUCCGCAAAUAUGAAUAGACUCUUUGGACGUGCUAAACCCAAAGAACCGCCACCAAGCAUCACAGACUGCAUCGCCGGGGUUGACAGUAGGGCGGACUCGGCAGAAAAGAAGAUAGCCAGGUUAGACGCAGAGCUGAAAAAGUACAAGGACCAAAUGGUGAAAAUGAGAGAUGGACCGGCUAAGAACGCGGUAAAGGCCAAGGCAUUGCGAGUAUUGAAGCAGCGAAAAAUGUAUGAGGCUCAAGUUGACAAUUUGCGUCAACAGGCUUUCAACAUGGAACAAGCAAAUUAUGCCACUCAAACGUUAAAAGACACUCAGGCAACUGUGGUCGCUAUGAAGGAAGGUGUCAAGCAAAUGCAGAAGGAAUUUAAGAAUAUCAAUAUUGAUCAAAUCGAAGAUAUGCAGGACGAUUUGGCAGAUAUGUUGGAACAGGCUGAUGAAGUACAAGAAGCGAUGGGUCGUAGUUAUGGAAUGCCCGAGAUUGAUGAUGAUGAGCUAGCAGCGGAACUGGAAGCGCUUGGCGAUGAUCUUGCCUUAGACGAAGAUGCUAGCUUCCUAGACGACGCCAUAAAAGCACCUAGCGCACCAGAUAAAGAACCCGGAGCAAGUUCCGUCAAGAACAAGGACGGCGUUCCAGUGGACGAGUUUGGUUUGCCGCAAAUACCUGCUAGCUAAAUUUAAGGUACAUCAAAAUUUCUGGAUAAGAUAAUGUAAGCUUAAAAAUGUUCGCGCGUGCAUGCCCAAAGACACUUGAUGACUUGAUCUUCGAAAGACACAAAAAAACAAAGCUUUUCUAAUCAACACCUUUGAUGCGACAUAGAUUAUACUCUAACAAAGUGCUGUUAAUAAAACUUGCGUAAGUGACAUUAGUUCCGUACUAAUAGAGUUUUGUUACUGUUUUAAAAUGCAUUACUUUUAUUAGUUAUGUUGUAUAUACAUAUUAAAGAAUUUAAGAUAAAUAUUAAUAAUAAAUAUUGAAUUUCUUUC